CAUCGCCGCUCCGCAUUCCCCCGUUCCUUUUCUCAUCGCCGCUUCGCAUCCGGUGGGACUUACUCGUUCUCCUGUCGGAAUAAGCCUUCCCCGUUCCUCCCUCCUCCUGCUCACCAUCUCGCAUUAGUUUGCAAGUUGCUUGCUGCCAUGUGUGGACAAUGUGCGAUCUUUGUUUGGCAGAGUUCAGUCUGUAGAUGGCGGCUACGUACAAACCCAAAAACAUACUCAUAACCGGAGCGGCAGGCUUCAUUGCGUCCCAUGUCGCCAACCGCCUCGUUUGUAACUACCCCCAGUACAAGAUCGUUGUUCUCGACAAGCUUGAUUACUGCUCCAACCUCAAUAACCUCAACCCAUCACGCUCAUCUCCCAACUUCAAGUUUGUCGAGGAUGAUAUUAGGAGCGCUGACCUCAUCAACGACCUCCUGAUCACCGAAUCGAUUGAUACCAUCAUGCAUUUUGCAGCCCAGACCCAUGUUGAUAAUUCUUUUGGUAACUCCUUUGAGUUCACCAAGAACAACAUCUACGGCACCCACGUUCUCCUGGAUGCCUGCAACGUCACAGGUCGGGUUAGGAGGUUUAUCUAUGUUAGCACUGAUGAGGUCUAUGGAGAAACCGAUGAGGAUGCCACGGUUGGCAAACACGAGGGGUCUCAACUUCUGCCAACCAACCCAUACUCGGCAACAAAAGCCGGGGCUGAGAUGCUUGUUAUGGCUUAUGGAAAGUCAUACGGCUUGCCUGUGAUCACUACCCGAGGAAACAAUGUGUAUGGGCCAUUUCAAUUUCCGGAGAAGCUGAUCCCAAAAUUUAUUCUUUUGGCCAUGAGAGGGCAGCCACUUCUGAUUUACGGUGAUGGCUCCAAUGCUAGAAGCUUUUUGUACUGUGAGGAUGUUGCAGAGGCUUUUGAUGUCAUCCUCCACAAAGGAGAAGUUGGGCAUGUUUAUAAUAUCGGCACAAAGAUAGAAAGGAGAGUGAUUGAUGUGGCGAAGGACAUCUGUGCACUUUUUUCACUAGACCCAGAUAAGGUCAUUCAGUUUGUGGAGAAUCGGCCUUUCAAUGACCAGAGGUACUUUUUGGAUUAUCAGAAGCUGAAGAACCUGGGAUGGUCGGAGCGGACUGCAUGGGAUGAUGGACUCAAGAAGACGAUGGAGUGGUAUAUGAGCCAUCCAGAUUGGUGGGGAGAUGUUUCAGGAGCACUUUUGUCUCAUCCACAGAUGUUGAUGAUGCCUGGUAUUGAAAGGCAUAUUGAUGGUUCUGAAGAAACCAAGUCCAUGGCUUCCCAGUCGAUGACCUCUAAUAGUCAGAAUGGGAUGGUGCUUCCUGCCUCGAAAAGCAGUGUGAUGCCACCUAAGAAAUCAUAUUUGAAGUUCUUGAUCUAUGGUAGAACUGGAUGGAUAGGGUGCCUUCUUGGCAAGAUAUGCGAGAAGCAGGGCAUACCAUAUGAGUAUGGAAGGGGGCGUUUGGAAGAGCGUUGCCAUAUCAUACUGGACAUUCAGAACACGAAUCCAACUCAUGUUUUCAAUGCUGCUGGUGUGACUGGUAGACCUAAUGUUGACUGGUGCGAAUCUCAUAAGCAGGAGACAAUUCGGUCGAUUGUCGUGGGAACUCUGACUUUAGCGGAUGUUUGUAGGGAGCAUGACCUGUUACUGAUGAAUUAUGCUACCGGUUGUAUUUUCGAGCAUGAUGCUAAACAUCCUGAAGGGUCGGGCACUGGAUUCACGGUGGAAGACAAUCCAAACUUUAUUGGAUCCUUCUAUUCGAAAACUAAAGCAAUGGUUGAAGAGCUUUUGAGGGAAUAUGAUAAUGUCUGUACCCUUAGAGUUCAAGUGCCAAUAUCUUCUGAUCGUAGCAAUCCAUGUAAAUUCAUUACUAAAAUUACUUGUUAUGACAAAGUUGUGAACAUUCCAAAUAGCAUGAUGGUUUUAGAUGAACUUGUCCCCAUUUCAAUUGAGAUGGCAAAGAGAAAUUGCAGAGGCGUAUGGAACUUUACCAAUCCUGGUGUGGCGAGCCACAAUGAGAUGGAUUCGAAGCUGUAGAAACCCUAAACCUUAAAUCCUAGAAAUGUAGAAGAUCUACAUUGACCCCUUCUUUUAAUGGAUCUAUUUUACACUGGAAAUACAGGCUAAAGUCAUAGUAGCACCUCGAAGCAAUAACGAGAUGGAUACUACAAAAUUGAAGAGUGAGUCUCCCGAGUUGUUGUCCAUCAAAGAUUCUCUCAUCAAAUGUGUUUUUGAGCCAACCAUCCAGGUCCUUUCUCACUGAUAAGCUUCCUCAAUGUCACAGUACGACUUUCAUCAAUACAAACUUGAUUAAUGACAUCAUUAAUGUCAUCCAACACAUGGCAGUAUGACUAUCAUCAUACAAACUCUGCAUCAGGAAUACUUAUCUAAGCAGGAGGAAAAACUUGAUUAAUUUUAUUAGGUAGUCUGUUUUGUUGUUCUUGUUUAGUUUCUUUACAAGAGACUAUUAUUAUUUGUCCUCUAAAUUUGGACUGUCCAAUUUGCUAGCUACAUUCUUUUUGAUGCAUCCAUUUGUUGUUACAUUCUACAUUCUAUUUGUCAUUUUCUUCCUCUACUUUCCGAAUAUUUCUAUGGAAUCUAUAAUUAUCUUUUGAUCUCGUGCACUUUGGAGUUCGAAAUGUAGUUUGAUUUUUUAUUUAUUUAUAAUCGUGUGUGAUCUGCUAGUUGUGGACAUUUUGUUUAGUAUUUUGAAUUAUUGUUUAUUAGUUGAUUCUGGUGAACAUGGAACAAAGUACAGAGGAUAACUAUGACAUGGAUGGUGGGGGGGAGGAUGAGGGGUGAUUAAAAUACUUGUUCGGGUGGGUACUUAGUUGCCUUUCAUUAACAGGAAAUCAGUUUUGACAAGAGGUGGAUGUUAUUGUUGAGAUUGAUCAAAGGAUGUUAUUUGGAAGAAUGUUUAAAUAAUAUCAUUGCUCGGUGAAAACUUUUUUGGGUUUCCUAGUCGAUUUGUUGAAAAAGUAUUUUUCAGGGUUUCUUUAAUGAGUCAACAUGAGAAAUGCUUGAUUCACCUAUGUUCAUACUUUUUCAAUUUCUUGUACUUUGGAUGCUCUGGUGAUAUUUCUUCCUGUUCUGGAAGCGAAUUCAUGUUGGCUUAUUGUAUUGAAUAUCUUGUUACCAUGGCGACAAGCUUGCUGAUUGAGGUUAUGGAUGUUGUUGUUUCACCUGGUUGUUGAUUUCUCAGUUGAAGAACUUUGUUGAUACUACAACUCUAGUGUUUUCAGUCAAAUGAUCUAUACUUUUGUUGUGCGAUGUUGUUUGUCCAAGACGAUUUCUACAGCUCAAGUGCUAAAAUCUCUACUUAUGUUGUGUGCUGAUCUUUGUCCCAGAUAAUUUCUUCAGCUCAAGUAAAUUAUGUAUGAUUGACGAAUGAUAGCUGAAUUUUUGUUU